AUGGCACGGUCAUCUGUCGCAGGGCCAUCACGGCAACGUGUUCCUGCUCCCUCCUCAGCUGUUUCGGGCUUCAACCCUGCACGCACACACUUUGCCCUCGCCCUCCCCGUUCUCGGUGCGGCGGACAAGGUGCAGGUUUGGGACGUCGCGGCGGACUCCGUCAUUGCCGAGUUUGAACUUCCCGGCGCUGCCAAGGCCGUCUCCGUUGCCUGGUCAUCCGUCUCCUCCUCUGGAUCCACCAAGAGGCGGAGGCGAAGGAAGUCGGGAUCCGAGGCGGCUGGGACCGAUGAGGACGUCCUUCUCGUCGCGUCCAUCAAAGGCGACCAGUCCAACCUGGCCGUCUACCUCCCCUCCAAGGGAGAAGCUCUGAGGACCAUUUCGUUGCCGGGCAAAGUGACGGCGAUGUGGUCUGACGAGUACGGUGUAAUCAUCGCGACGGAGUCCAACCUCCUCGUGCUUGGUCCAGAGGCUGCGGCCAUUGCCCACACCUUUGACUUGCCAUCAUCGGUCAAGGCGCCAUCAGCAGUUGCUCUCCUCCCCACUUCCACUGGCGAGGAGCUGCACGCGAUUGUUGGUGCCAAGUCCGUUGUAGCAGUCCACCUCUCCACCACCUCUUCUUCCAUCACCCACACCUCUUCCCCCCUCCCCGUCUCCACGACCUCGGUCACUUCCCUUCAACCAUUACCCAACACACAACAAGGUGCCUCUUUCCUUGUCGUGUGCGAGGACGACCGCACUGUCAAUCAGUACACAUUCCCCGGCUCUCCGACUGCCGCAGCCAAGCUCUCAUACCGGUACACCUCGCCAACAUUGUCACCAGUGCACUCUGUUGCCCUCUCGGACGAGUUUGUCGCCGCCCUCCACGACGAUGGCGAGAUCUCCGUCUUCCCAAUCGCCCUUACCGACCUCAACUUCGCACGGCCUAAGUCAAACAACAAGCCGGCAAAGGUGAAGCUCGUCGAGGGCAAGGAGGGGAAGACGGCGAGCAUCUGCCGUGUCGAGUUCGCUCCCGUCGACGACGGUGCUCCCGCUGUCCUCUCUUGCGGUCGCAUGGUUGGCGGUGGCCGUGUCAAGUGGUACUCGGCGACCAUUGAGCAGCCUGAAGGUGGUCUCGCAACCAACGUCGUCGUCAAGACGGACGCACAGGACCUGGUCGCGCCCAAGGACACUGCCAAGGGCUCCAACAACCUGCAGCGCUACACCGCUCCGGCUCACGCUGUCCAGGCUGCGGACGACGAGAAGGACGAGUCCGCCGCAGCCCUCCCCGCGGAUGUCGACAUGGCCGAUCUCACCCUCGGCGAGCGCCUCCUCGCUGCUCCCACCGGUCCCCAGCCCAACGGCGACGCCGCAGCACCGCCUGCGAAGGGUGCCACCACCGCCGCCUCCCUCACUCGUCUGCUUGUCCAGGCGCUUCACACUUCGGACCCUGCGCUCCUCACCCUCUGCUUGUCUCACCGCGACCCCGUUCUCAUCCGCAACACGGUGCGCAAGCUGCCCGUCGACCUCUCGCUGCCUCUCGUCAAGGCCUGCGUCGAGCGUCUCGGGCAGGGCAAGGGCGCCAACCGUCGUGGAGGAGGCCGCGGUGGUGCGCAGAACGAGCAGCAGGGACGCGGCACCGUCGAGUGGGUCAAGGGCGUGCUCAUCGAGCGUGGCCACAUCCUCAUGACCAUCCCCUCCCUCCCCGGCCAGCUCGCUACGCUCUCCAACCUCCUGGCUUCGCGCAUGGAGCUGUAUGAGCCUCUCGUGUCGCUCUCGGGUCGCCUUGAUCUCGCCCUCUCCCAGAUCGCACUUCGCCGCCAGGCCGCCGAGGCUAUGGAGGUCGACAAGGGCGACGGCGAGCACUAUGUCGAGGGGGAGAGCGACGACGAGGUGCCUAUUGAGGUUGGCGAGGAGGACGAGGAUGAUAUCGAGGACAUCAACAUGAUGGGCGGCUCGAGCGAUGAUGAGGACGAGGACGGUGAUGAGGAUGACAGUGAGGAUGAGGACGAGAGCGAUGACCCGCUCGAGUCGGAUGAGGAGGGGCUGCUCGACCUCGAGGCCGAGGAGAGCGACGACGAUGAGGAUGAGGAGGGCGACUCGGACGACGAGUAA